GAACAUUAAAUCUGCUGCAACAAAACGUCAAGCGCCCACAGACAGACGUAAACUAUUGAAGUGGCUGUUCUCCACGAUCGCAAGAUUUUCUUUUAUAUAUUUGCUAUCGUUAACAAUGCCGAGCUUGACGCGGCACGAUCGCGCGGUGGGUGCGCUCAUGGGUGCCUUCAUCGGAGACGCACUUGGCAUGGGUGUGCACUGGUACUAUAACCUGGAAGAAAUGCACAAGGAUCACGGGGAUUGGGUGAGCGGCUACACCAAUCCAGUUGCUGGACGUUACCACGAUGCACUCAAGGCUGGCGAUCUGACCCAGGCUGGCUACAUUUUGAAGCUCACGAUGCAGGCGGUGGUGGAGAGCAAAGGAUACAACGAGGCCGCCUUUUGUCAAAAGCUGGACAACGAACUAUUUCCUAAGAUGAACGGCGAGCCGAUGGCGGGCCCUGGCGGCUCUACCAGCCAGUCGAUUCGCGCGGUGUAUCGGCAGCGCAAAGCUGGAAUUCCGUGGUCCGAAACGGGAAGCAACGCUGACACGACGGAAGCUAUUGAACGCGUUCUCGCUUUGGGCGUCCUGCACGCCGACGACCUCCGCUCUCUCGCGGAAGACGUGACCAGCAACACCAAUCUCACCCAAAACGACGAGCUUGUGGUGAGUUUGACGGUGGCCUACAACGCUGUUUUGGCGCUCCUUGUGCAGGGGAAACCGUUGGAUGUGAGCAUCACCGACCGUCUGUUUGAGCUGGUGAACUCCGGCGCCUUGCCUUUUCACUCCGUCACCUCCGGCAAGCUGCAUCCCCCAGCGAAGGGCUCCGCGGAUCCCCCGCGUGCCGGUAAGUUCUCCUCGCCGGAUGGGCUCAUUACUCCGUCAACGUGCGCCGCCGCAGCCGCCGACUCGUCGAACAUCCGCAUCGAACCCGCCUCCAAGGUGUCUCUCGUGUACGGCAUGCCGUGCGCAGUCUACCACGUCCUGCCAGCAGCUUACUACCUCUCUGCGCGCUUUAACAACGAUUUCGAGUCGGCCGUGCUGCACGCGGUGAACGGUGGCGGACAGAACUGUGCACGUGCCAUGCUGACGGGUGCUCUAGUGGGAGCGCAGGUCGGUUUCUCUGGCAUUCCGUCUCGCUUCGUGGAAGGCUUGACAGAGCAGGAGGAGCUGGUGAAACUUGCCAACGACUUUGCGGAUUUGAUGGAAGACAGCCCGUCUGCGUAG